UUUCUAUUUUUUGCGUUAUCACAAAAAUUCAAAGGCGACGGCGAGGAAAGGAUUAAAAUUUCUCAAUUUCAGCGAGAUUAAUGCUUAAAUAAAAGUUUUAAUAAUUGUAUCAAAGAUCCCAGACUCUCAGAGUCGAAGACAUCUUCUUCCAUGCACUCAAGUUCUUCAAUCUCCGUCUCUCGUGUCCUAAACAGUGUUCUCUUCUGCGAUCUCGUCUGCGCGGUUUAGUACUAUGCAGGUGGCAAAAGGAUUAAUAUCUCAUUUACAAUCGCACGGAUUGACCGACGAUAUUAGUUUGACAUUCAUCGAAGAAGUUCACGGUAGCAAUGCAAGUUUCAUAAUAUCCAGUUUGAUUUGCGACGCGUUGAAAAACGAUGCUAGCGUUCUAUUCCUCACCUUUCAUAAUCCAUUUCAACACUACCAGCAGCUGUGCAGUAAAUUAGGCGUGAAUUUGAAUUCUCCGGCGUAUAAAUCGAAAAUAGAGAACAUAAGUCCUUUGAAUUCAUGUAUCGAAGAAAACUCCAGCGACGAAUCAGUUUUGCAAAAAAUCAGUAAAGAAACGGAUGAUUUUUUUCGUAAACAUCGAGAAGAUAAGAUGUAUUUAAUUAUAGACGAUAUAAGCUACGUAUUAAUGCUCUCGAGUUUUCAAGACUGUUCGCGAUUUGUAAGAUAUUACGUAUAUCAACGAUCAUUGUAUCCCAAUUUGAAAGUUGUUAUUUGCAGUCAUACGGUUCGAGAUGAUAAAGAAUCUGUCACCAUCGCUAAUUAUAUCCGAAGUAUAUGUAAAUUCAUUAUUAAAUUGACUCCUUUGAAGUCGGGUUUAUCUUCGGAAGUAACUGGACAUAUGGAAAUCAUUCGCAGCAGAGGAUUCAAAAGCGAUGUUACUAAUCAUAAAUAUUUAUUGAAUCGUAAAGAAAUUGUAUUAAAUCCUUUGGUUAUUUAAUUUCAGAUUCUAUGUUUUGUAUUCUGUCGUUUGUUAUAUUUUCCUUUUGAAACUUGUGUUAUUUCAUCAAACUUCAAAGGCCAUAUUUUUUUAUUGUGAUGUAAUUUUGUUCAAAUUGAAAUUAAAAUAAAAAGAGUUUUUGGAGAUUAA